UAUUCUUUGCUCAAUCGAACCCUCGUUUUAGCUCGCUCGCUCGCUCGCUCUCUCUACUCUCUAAUUUCUGAUUCCUUUACGAAAGCUCCAACUCUGCACUUUUCUCCUUCCAUUGACAAAUCUCGCUCGCUGAGCUCUGCACACACAGCUAAGUGAAAAGAAGCUUCUCUUUAUAGAGAGAAUAAUUAUAUUUAUUCUUCUAUUCCCAAAUGAGUGACUCCACUGAGGACGCCAAGCACAUCGAGAAGCUCUACGAAUUCGGCGAGAGACUCAAUGAGUCCAAGGACAAGUCUCAGAAUGUGAAGGAUUACCAGGGGAUUAUAGAUGCGGCUAGGACGAGCGUGAAGGCGAAGCAAUUGGCGGCUCAGCUGAUUCCAAGGUUCUUCAAGUUCUUCCCUGAUCUCUCCAGCCAGGCAGUCGAUGCCCAUCUUGAUUUGAUCGAGGAAGAAGAGCUUGGGGUACGGGUGCAAGCAAUUAGGGGGCUGCCACUAUUCUGCAAGGAUACACCAGAAUAUCUUUCCAAAAUCAUUGACAUUCUUGUGCAGCUCCUUGUAGCUGAGGAAAUUGUGGAGCGUGAUGCUGUGCAUAAAGCUCUUAUGUCUUUGCUGAGGCAGGAUGUGAAAGCCUCUUUAACUGCCUUAUUUAAGCAUAUUGGGACUACAGAUGAACAAGGUCCAGAAGACGUACGUGAGAAAGUUUUAGGCUUUAUAAGAGAUAAGGUUUUCCCUCUCAAGGCUGAACUUUUGAGGCCGCGAGAGGAAAUGGAACGGCACAUAACUGAUUUGAUUAAAAAGGGCCUAGAAGAUGUAACUGCAGCAGAAUUCAGAAUGUUCAUGGACUUCCUAAGAAGUUUGAGCAUAUUUGGAGAUAAAGCACCCCCAGAACGGAUGAAAGAACUUAUUGAAAUUAUUGAAGGACAGGCUGAUUUAGAUGCACAAUUCAAUGUUUCGGAUGGAGAGCAUAUUGACAGGUUGAUAUCAUGCCUUUACAUGGCGCUUCCAUUUUUCCUUAGGGGUGCAUCAGGCAGCAAGUUUCUGAACUAUUUGAACAAGCAUAUUAUACCUGUUUUUGACAAGCUUCCUGAGGAACGAAAGCUUGACUUACUCAAAGCAGUUGCAGAAAUUUCGCCUUACACUCUGCCACAGGAUUCACGCCAGAUUCUUCCUUCUAUUGUUCAGUUGUUGAAGAAUUACAUGCCUCGGAGGAAGACUGGAGAAGAGAUGAACUUCACUUAUGUUGAAUGCUUGUUAUAUGCAUUUCACCAUUUAGCUCAUAAGGCUCCCAAUGCCACAAACAGCUUAUGUGGUUACAAGAUAGUUACUGGGCAGCCAUCAGAUAGGCUUGGAGAGGACUUCUCUGAGUUGUAUAAGGAUUUUACUGAGAGGUUGAGUAAUGUAGAAGAGCUAACUAGGGCUACCAUGAAAAAAUUAACUCAGGGAAUGGCUGAACACAACAAAGCAAUGGCAGCUGCAAAGUCGGAUGAGGCAAAGGAUAACAUAAAAACUCAGAAACAGAAUACUACAACUGGAUUGCGAACUUGCAAUAACAUUUUGGCAAUGACAAAGCCAUUGCAUUCGAAGACACCAUCGUUUAUUGGAGAUAAGAGUAUCAAUCCAUCUUGGAAAGAAGCAGCAAAACCUUCUGUUGGUUCCACCACUACAGCAACUGGAGGGAAACGGCCUGUUAAUGCUGCUAAUGGGUCUGGCAACACAGCGAAAAAGGGCCGAGGUGCUGGUGGCUUACAGAACCAACUAGUCAACAGGGCAUUGGAAGGUAUAUCUCAUGGAGGGAGGGGUGGCACAAGGGGCAGGGGCAGGGGUUGGGGUGGACGUGGAAGAGGAAGAGGCUAUAGGUAAACUUUGAUGCAUAUGUGCAAAGAGCACAACCAGAAUCUGGAGGAGCAUUAUCUUGUACCAGAGGGAUGCAGGUGGGAAUCGAUUAUGUAUUAAGAAAAAUUCUUUUCUGUUGGAAUGAGAUUUCAUACAUGAGGGGACCGACACAUUUUGGGAUUUGUCGUGGACGCUAACAAUCUUUAUUUUUAUGGAGUUUCUCAGUUUGUAGUCUUUAGAUUGGCCAGUGAUUAGGGCCUUGUGUUCCCAAUCUGAAACCAAUUUAUGAGCUAAUCCAAGCUGUAUUCCUGGGCUAAA